GCGCUUCUUUUCACUAAGUGGUUAGUUGCCUGCCAGGUAGACAUAAACACCUUCUGCUAAAGAAAUGUGAAAAGAGCGGAAACGUGCUAUUUGGAGAUUGUUCUCCUAAUUGACAUCCAGGAGAUCUCCAGAGAUCUAUUUCAGCCUCACCUCUAGACUUCAUCAUGAAAAGGAGGAAGCCCAAGCUGAAGUGAGUUGAAAACUUCAUCUCCAAGAGAGGACUGUGGCUCAGCCUGUGUUGAGCACAAUGAAGAAGAACAGGAAGCCCACCUCAAGGAUCGAUGUGCAGAAUGCCCUCUGUGUCCCACACCCCCAUGGGCCAGGAGAUCUUCAAAAUAUGCUGGAUGGAGGAGAGUAUACUCUUUUUGUAUCUCCUCCCAUGUUAGAGAGCAAUUUUAUCCAGGUCAACAGGAGAGGUGAAUCCAUUUACCUUCAUAACCGAGCCAACUGGGUGACUGUAGGCAUCUGUUCUUCCAGUUCCACCUGCAAAACCCCCAGUGUGAUGCUGCUGGCACAUCUGACACCCACUGUCCCAAAAGAUACAGAACCCCUGUUUAAAAGUCUCCUGACAUCUCCUUGUACAGAGAAACUGGUGCUCACCAGGUUUCUCCCUCUGCAGUUUGUGACUCUUUCUGUGCAUGACGCUGAGAAUAUGCGCCUCAAAGUAAAGCUUGUGAGUGGCCGAGCCUACUACUUACAGCUCUGCGCCCCCGCAUAUAAACAGGACACCUUAUUUUCUCAAUGGGUGAACCUCAUCUCCGUCUUGAAUAGGGAGAAAGCCAAAGUUUCCAAAGUGUCAGAGGUCUCAAGCCUCUCAGAAAUCACAAAUAGCACAGAAAUCACAGACUCCAUGGACAUCAUGGAUAUUACAGCGUUCGCAGCUGUACAGACUCCAUACACACAUGUAUGUACAGGCCCUGUACAUGUUAUGGAAAGCAUAGAUUUUUCAGAAUAUACAGACAUAACUGACAUCACAGAUGUCACAGAUAUUCCGGAAAAUGAGAUCACAGAGGUCCCAGAUGUACGAAUUGUCACAGAAAUCACAGAUGUAACGGAAGUCACAGACAACUCUGAUGCCACACAUUUCUCAGAGGUUACAGUGGUGUUUGAAAAUGAUGACAUAAUAAAGGCCAAGCAAGAGGAAAAGGAAAAAAUGAAAAACAUUCUGAGGCCUGGAUGUCUACGAAAUACAAAAAGUAAGAAUGAGUUCAAAGAAUCCUCAAAACGUGUCACCAUCUCAGACAUAACACUGACUUUGGAAGGUACUAAAUGUUUUCGAACUACCUUGACUUCAGUAGAAAGCAAAGUAAAUAUAUGCAAAGAGAUGGAUAAUAAAACCUCUGAAGACAAGACAACUGAUUUUCAAACCGCAGCUCUAAAGGCUAUAGAAUCCAGGAGCAUGAGCAUUGAUUCAGACUCUACAGGCUUAUAUAGUUUUGCAGUUUUCCCCCUGAUUAGUAUUUCUUUCCCCCUUUUCACUCUCCUCUAAAUCACUUUUCUUUCUUUCAUAUACUCUUACACUUAACACUCUUUACCCCAAGAAAAGCAGACUAGUUGAAUCUUAAUCCCUUGUUCCAUUAAAUUUAGUGUGAAUGUAGACUAAAAAUGAGUCUGUAAUUCUAAUUUCUAUUCUAGGCAGAAGUCAGAAUAAUAACUGUCACCCACUGCAGUAAAACAAAUUCCUAGUUCUAUUAAGCUUGUCUGGUUCACAUUCACCCAGCUCCUGGACAAAUGCUAGUUGGAGACUAUGAUCUCUAAUUCAUCUCUCAAACUUCUUAGUAGUUUGAAAGAAUUACACUUUUUCUCCUUUUUACAUAAGGUUUUGGGUAAAAUAGCAUUUUAAAUGUGCUGUUUUUAUGACAAGAUUAUGCACGAGGCAAGUCCCAGGCUAAACUUGUCUCUCUGGACCUGAGUCCAUCUCUCUAUUUUCUUCACUUUAAAUUUCUCACCAUUCUAGGUUUUAUUCUCCUAAACUUUUCUAAUUUCUUUACAGCGAGCCCAAAUGAUAGGUUUAUCUAUGAUCCCAUGGUAUUUUUCCAAGAUGGAAAGAAAUAAGCCAAAGGAUAGAAAUUAGAGAAGAGAAGAGCAGGAAAA